UCCAUCCAUGACAACAGGGCAGCCCUACUGGCAGCGACAUCAUCCGCUUGUCCACGUCAGUUUGGUAUUUACUGUCGGUGUGUCGUAAAUAUGUACUUGUGUGCUCUAAUUACGUUACUCGCGUUGUCGUUAAGCACAGUAGACUGCCUUCGGUUUUCUUUGAAACCAAAUUCUAAACGAUGUCUCAAGGAAGAAGUUCUCAAAGGCGUAUUGGUCACAGGCGAGUACAUGCUGGGGGACGCGCCGGGUCACAGGACAGACAUAAUGGUUACUGACACAAAUGCUCACACUCUGUACUCGAGAGAAAAUAUCGACAAAGGCAAAUUUGCGUUUACAACGGACGCUUACGACGUAUUUGAAGUAUGCUUUACUUCGAAGUUUCCCAGUGAACAGAAGGGCAUGGACAGAGAAGUUCAUCUGGAGUUAAAACACGGAGUUGAAGCAAAGAGCUACGCUGGCGUUGCGGAGGCGGGCAAGCUAAAGCCAUUGGAGGUGAAGCUCCAGCAGUUGGAAGAUUUGUCUGAAGCAGUGGUGAAGGAUUUUGCUUACAUGCGGCAGCGUGAAGAGGAGAUGAGAGACACCAACGAAUCCACGAAUGCCAGGGUGCUUUAUUUCUCCAUUUUCUCCAUGUGUUGCCUCUUGGCACUUGCCACGUGGCAAGUGCUGUACUUACGACGAUUCUUCAAGGCUAAGAAGCUUAUUGAGUGACCUGUUUGUGAGGUCAGAGUAGAGAUCACUUCACAUCUCAUCUCUCCGCCCUGUUUCGUUAACGUCGGCACAGUCAAAUCCUCUCAAUAACUGUGUCUCCCCUUGAUGGACAUUGAAUAUUUUUGACAUCUGGUUGCCCAAGGGAAGGUGCUGCAAAUAAAAGGUUGUUUUUAUAGCCUGUGGUGUUUGACAAUGUGUACAGCACAUAUUUGCACUCUUUCCUCUUUGCUUCAUAGGAAUGAAUGGGGUAAAAUAUAUGAUUCAUGUUUGCAGUAUGAUGCGUUUCACGGCACCCCAAGCACCAUAGAUCUUGUUAAAGUUAAACUUCAGUAUAGUUGUGUUAAAAAAUCCUACAGAAGAGUGAUACACUUGGUUUAAGCCAAGUGUGUCUUCUGCCAGCAUCUACUGCAUAUCUUUUCUUUUUUUCUCCCUUUGUACAGCAAGUCAUCAGAUCAAAUCAAACCGCUAGUGAAAUUCAAAAAUAUAAUUUUCAUAUUUUUGAUAUGCAAAUUCCUGUAACACGUAAAUCCAUUAAGUGCUAAGCUUUUGCUAGAGUUUGAUGGAGACAGCUAGCUACAUGAGAGAAUCUGCUUUUCCAAACCACAUCUAUGAGUUUGAAUGUCACAGUGAAACAAGUUUUUAUACAGGCCCACGCAGAACAGUCUUUGGUGAUGCACCCUAUUUGCUCACUGCACUAGUAUGCUCAUUUGCUUGCUAGUGGGUAGUAAAACGAAAUUUUGUAUAGUAUAUUUAUACCAUGGAUAUUACCCUUGUGAUAUCUUCGGGUGGUCACACCAGUCCUCUAAGUCUGAGCAGGCAAGCGCUGCUCUCGCUUGAAGUCAAAUCUGAGCAGAAAAGAUCUCUCAUGGCAGCCGCUGCAGAACAACACGCAAAUGGUUCAUGGCAAAUGAAAGAUGCCGGUGUGAUAAAGCUUUUCAGUAGAAGUGCCAAUAGUCAUAUAACCAGAACCCUGCCAGAUCUUGCCGCCGCUCUGACAGUGCAGCUCAAAGCCAGACGCACUCAGAGUCUCUCAGAGAGAGACACAAUUGCUUCACAGGAAUCUAUAGAAUGUAAUUGGAGUGCUCCGUUUUCACCAGCUGAACACAAAAAUAUCACGCCAGAACGAUGUGAUGCGACCAGUCGAGGAUACCAUUAAUAUAGCUGGUUACUUCCCCAAGUACCAGGCUUAUGUGUGAAUACAUUGAUUUCACUGUGGGAAGGGACAUUAUUAUUGUAAUUAGUGCUAGUUUAAUGUGUGGUGUUCCAUUCCACCUGCUGUUUAGUUUAAUAAUCCUGUUUGUAUUGGUUUGUACAGGGAUUCAAUAGGGGUCUCUCCUUGAGUGUACAGGGCUUACAUAUGCCAUUAUUGCAAGUACUUGUACUACAUAGGAAUGUUGAAUUUCUGACAACACAGGUCAGCUUCUUUUUUUUUAGUUCAUGAGCACUGCGCGUGGGUUAAGUGGUUUUUGUUUUUAUGCUUGGGAGUCAUAAAAUUGAUAGGAGUAAUGCCCUUGAGGCAGUGAGGCUUACUGUGAUCACUGGUCAUGUAUCAAUCUGUAAGUAAUAAAAGCAGGUAUUGCUGUUUA